AUGGCUAGUAGUCGAAAUCUCAGACGUAUGAAUGACUUAACUGUUGUUUCUAAAAUGGAAUCUUCCAAUUUCCACCCGACAUCACUAUGUUCUGAUCGAGCGUCCAUUGAUGGAAAUCAGCAACUUAGCCAACGCUUGAAGACGCUAGAGGACUUAUGCCAAAAACAGAAUAUUCACAUACAGGAGUGUAACAAGAAGAUUGAAAAAUUCGAAAAGCAAAUUCAAGAGUUGGAAGAUAAAGUAAUAGAAUUACAACAAUGUAAUUCAUAUAAAAAGGAAUCACGAAUUGAACGAUCAGUUCAGACAAAUAACGAUAUAUCAAAUCCGCCCACUCUACAACUGCGCCCAGCAUAUUUCCUGAGAGUACGUAACGAAACCAAAGAUGAAGAUGCGAUCAAACGCACAGGAAAGAAAGAAGCCACUGGUGAAUUAUAA